AGUGUUCUCUUUCCUUAGAUCAUCAAUCUGACGUUGGCUGAAUUCUAGACUAGCACAUAAUGCAUUGAUGUCCUCUCGUAAUAUAUCCAAGAUAUCAAGUUUGGCAAGCCUUUCAUUGAUGGAUUUUAACAAGUCAACAUCCAUAUCAGUAAACCUCUCCCCACGCACCGUCUUACUAAGGGAUGGUUUCGUUCCAUCGUUGAUACCUAUUUUCCAACUUGGUUUUGGUUUGUUUAUUGAUUGGGUUGGAUGUCCUUGUCCUUGAAUCCUCCGAAACCAGCGACAUGUUUCUUUUGAGUUCAAAAUGCUCAAGAGGCAAUUCCGUACACUGAAAGCCCAGGGAAGACUCCCGCUGGACCUCCCUCUGAGACCAAUGAAGGCCUGGCUCCUGGCAGGGAAAAGAGUCUUCUUGGAGCGUGAGACAGAGACAUGGAAGAGAUGGAGGAAGGUCUGUGUAGCUGAAUUGACUUGGGAUGCAAAGAGGGGCCUGGAAUUACAGGAGACAGAGAGAGUUCUCCUGGUCAGUUGCCAGAGAGUUCAGGAUGAAUUAAGGAUUUCUGAUUUCACCGUGGACACGGCGCCCAACGAAGCCAUCCAGCUUCUGAAAGAGGAGUGUUGGAAGUUGAACUUCUUGCACCUAAAGGAUGAGACAUGCCAGGCCACUGAGCUCCCUGAGACCUCUUCAAAGGAAACUCUAAUUGAAGAGAAAAGUCCAAAGACCAAGUGCCCGUCCAGCGUCGCUGGGGCUGCUGACAUUGACAACACCAAUGAGGAGGAUUCAGAGGAGUCUCCGAAUAACAAUGUGGUGGACUUUCAGGAUGAGUCGCUGGCCCUGGUCAGUGUGGAGAAAGACGCUGCUGGAGAUGGAAAGGUCCUCAGCAAGGUGGUGAAGCCCAAAGGGUGUCUGAAGGAGAGCUGCAAAGAUCAGCUAACCCCAACAAUCUAUGAUAUGAUUACGGAACUACCAAAGUCCUAUUUCGGAUCCACUGAGAGCCUUCCUGAGAUGUGUAGCAGAGGUCCUGAGGUGUGCAGUGGAGUGCCUGGGGUGAGUAACAGAGGUCCAAAGGUGUGCAGUGGAGGUCCAAAGGUGUGCAGUGGAGCGCCUGAGUUGCCAAAUGCAGUGGGAGAGGUGUCAAGUGACACAAAGAAGACAGAGGCAACUGGAGACCUUCUGAACACUGGAAACGGCCUGAGAAAGGUGGUGCAGCUAUCCACCGAGAGCCAUGCUGAGGUGUGCAAUGGAGAGGCUGAGCUGUGCAGUGGUCCUGAGGUGUGCAGCAGAGGUCCUGAGGUGUGCAGCAGAGGUCCUGAGGUGUGCAGUGGAGGUCCUGAGGUGUGCAGCGGAGGUCCUGAGGUGUGCAGCGGAGGUCCUGAGGUGUGCAGCGGAGGUCCUGAGGUGUCAAACGCAGUGGAAGAGGUGUCCAGUGACACAAAGACUACAGAGGCUGCUGAAGACCUUCUGGACACUGGAAAUGUCCUCAGCAAGGUGGUGAACCCCAAAGGGUGGCUGAAGCAGGACUGGGAUGAUCAGCUGAACAGAGACUUCAAUGAUAUGAUUGCAAAUCUCCCAAAGCCCUAUUUCGGAUCCAUCGAGAGUAUUCCUGAGGUGUGCAGCAGAGGUCCUGAGGUGUCAAACGAAGUGGAAGAGGUGUGCAGUGACACAAUGAAGAUAGAGGCUACAGGAAAUCUUCUGAAAACUGGAAAUGGCCUAAGCAAGGUGGUGCUCCUAUCCACUGAGAGCCGUCCUGAUGUGUGCAUUAGAGUGCCUGAGGUGUUCAGUGGAGGUCCAGAGGUAUGCAGUGAAAUGCCUGAAGUGUACAGUGGAUGUCCUGAGGUGUGCAGUGAGGUGUUCAGUGAGGUGCCUGAGGCACCAAACGCAGUGGAAGAGGUGUCCAGUGAUACAAAGACAGAGGCUGCUGAAGAACUUCGGGACACUGAAAAUGUCCUCAGCAAGGUGAUGAAAUCCAAAGGGUGGCUGAAGGAGGGCUGGGAAGAUCAGCUGACCAAAGACUUCAAUGAUAUGAUUGCAAGACUCCCAAAGUCCUAUUUUGCAUCCAACGAGAGCCUUCCUGAGGUGUGCAGCGGAGUGCCCGAGGUGUCGAACGCAGUGGAAGUGGUGCGCAGUGACACAAAGAAGCAGAAGAAAAAUGGCGUUCUUCGAUUCUUCCGACGUGUGUGGAAGUUCUUCACAUGCACCAACAGUCUCCCCAAAGAGGAGUGACUCAAGCACACACAACUCCGGGCAACACUUUCUUCACCAUCUCCCACUUUGCUUCCAACUGCCAUAUUUUUAAUAAUAAAAAAUAAUGGGGAUCUGAACCACAAUAAAAAACCUGUUUUCAUGAGUGUUUUUCAUAUGACUUACGAUGUACGUAUGAAGAAUGCUUUAAAGAACACUUACUAAUUAAUGAUCCAGACAAUUAAGCUGUUUUAGAGGUGCUUAAGUAUGCAUUAAAUCACAGUAUUACUGCAUUACACGCUCGAAAAUAUGUACGAAAUCAUUUGAGACACUUUGGGUAUGAAUGUAGGUUUGUGGUUGAAUGGCUCUACUGUGGGCUAUUUUCCUAAUCAAAACCAAAUCACAACUUUAUUUGCAGAGCACAUUUCUUACAGAUGAUGCAUUUCAAAAUGCAUAGAAAAUAAAAGGUUAGAAAUAUAAAAAUGAGAAAUGAAAAGAGUAAAACAAUCACAGUGGACAUGAGACUAAUGCACUAAAAUAAAUGAAAAUAAAUAAGAUAUAUACAAUGGUAAAAUAGAUAGUAGGACUAAGCAAAAGCACGGCUAAUAAGUAGCUCUUCAAAAUUACAACAGUUUGAGGCCUUCAGAUCCUCCGGCAGGCUGUUCCAAAGGCCAGGACCAUAGUGGCUGAAGGCAG